CGGAAGAAGCAGAAGGAGCAAAAGCCGGUCGGUCGCGUGCGACACACAGAGGUCGCUUUACCCAGUCGGUGAAAUGUAUUACAAAUUCAGCGGCUUCACUCAGAGGCUCAUCGGGUCUGCUUCCUCUACGGCAUAUAGUCCUCAGGGUUUAAGGACAAAUGUACCCACUGAAGCCUCUACAUUGAUCUUUGCUACCCCAACUAAAAUGAUUACUGGAUCUGGAGCUUCUGUAGAGUACAUGGGUGCCAACAGGGUUCCAGACCUGCAGAAGAUAUUUCAGUCUUCAGAUGGUAUCCCUGUGCACCUUAAGCGCGGCGUUCCUGACCGGCUUCUGUACAGGACCACCAUAGCUUUGACUGUUGGAGGUGCACUGUACUGUUUGGUGGCUCUUUAUAUAGCUGCACAGCCAAAGAAUAAGUAAAGGGUUAUUCUCCCCAGCAUGUUUGCACGUCCGCACAUUGGUAUUCAUGAACUUUAAAAGAGACAGUAAUGUGUGCCUGGGAUAUAUUUAUCAUUAUGUGACAAAAGGCAGUGAUGUGUGAAGAUUAUGGGGAGGACUCUACUUCUCUUCUUCUGACCUCAUUUACAGCAAACAGUCCUGCUGCACUGAGCAAAGCUCCGGUUAAUACAAAGGGACAAAUGGUUGGAUUCUUUAGAAGCAGUAAAUGUGUACUGUUGAAUAAAGGGUAUUCAUAUAA